AUGGACAAUGAUCUAUCUCUUUGGAAUUUUCAGGGUAUAUUUAUUGGUCAUGAAAUUUGUAUGGAUGUAACGUGUCAUUGGUUGGUUACAAAUUGUACUCGUGGUGGACAUCGUGAAAUCACUCUCUUGUCAAUUGACCUCAGUGAUGAGGUGUUCCUUACAACACCCAUCAGAGAAGAAUCUAGUUCUCCAUACAUUUUUGAUAAUUUCUUGACAAUGUUAAAUGGAUCAAUAGCUUUAAUCUCAAAUCAUCACGAGGAUGAUGUUUUUGACAUAUUUAUUUUGGGUGAACUUGGUGUGAGUGAGUCAUGGAUCAAAGUAUGUACGUAUGGCCCGUUACCUUCCAUACACUGGCCCCAAUUGCAUUUGGGAAGACGGGAUAUAUGUUUGAAAGAUAAAGUAGCUAAAGAUCAUGAACUAUAUGAACUAGCUUAUUAUGAUGAACUAGCUAAUGGUUAA